CCCUGACUGCAAAAUCAUUGAGAUUACUGAUAUAUUCGGAAUGAACAUUUAUUAUCAUCUUAAAAAUGAUGAAAAAUUACCUGCUAAUGCCCUAAAUAGUUUUAAUAUUCUUAUGCAGUCUGCGAGAUAUAAUGAAUUGGAUCUAAUAUCAUAA